AUGUCCGAGCCAGCCAUGUAUGGCAGCGCAAUAAGCGGUUAUUCCACGAGUUCUUCAGCCGAUCUAGCCUCAGGGCGAUAUCAACAGCUGCAGCACCAGUACACCUCGUCACAAUCAUCUCCCCGAUUGUACGGGAGUUACACCUCUCUACAGCGCACACUGAGUACAGGCUCAGGAUCUCCGUGGAAGGACGAAGAUCACCUUCAUAGUUACGACGGCGGUGACCUAGAAGAGCCCAUCUCACCUCUUAAUCCUAAUUUUUCUGGCGGUGAGGGCUCCCCCUUUCUUGGCAUGCCAUACGGGUCCCUUUCCGAGGACUAUGGCCCAUCACCGCCCGGUACGGGCACUUCUACAUCGUCCAACGCCCCAGGCUCCAGGCGUAAACAAUACUCAUUCGUGGCCCUGCCUGGAAACGCCGUCAAGAAGCGUCCAAGGCGGCGUUACGACGAGAUUGAACGGCUGUAUCAAUGUUCAUGGCCUUCGUGCACCAAGGCAUAUGGCACUCUGAAUCACUUGAAUGCCCACGUCACGAUGCAGAAACACGGUGUCAAGCGUAGUCCAAACGAGUUCAAGGAGCUUCGUAAACAAUGGCGGAAAUCCAAAAAGGAGGAAGCUGAUGCUCGUUCUGCUACGUCAUCGAUGAUGGCGAGGUCGGGUCAUCACCCUUAUCUCCAGCGCGGCGUGCAUGACUCGUACCCCGACGUAGACUACCGGGUGCGCUCGCAUCCGCAGCAAAGUUCCCAUGUUGACCGGUUCACUCCUCCAACCGGCUCCCCGGAGGACAUGCACGAGAUUGACAUGCAAGAGGUUUACGAACGCCGGCAGCAGCGUUUUAGUGGUCUCAUCCAUUCCGCUACUCGCACUAGCAGCCCCGCAUACGCCACGACCCACCAACCAAACAUGACCUCAUCGCACCCGGUCAUGAACCGCCUUCCAACCAAUAACACGCUCUUGACUCCUCUCACAGGUUAUGAGCAUACGGGAGGUGCUACGAAUCUUGAUGUCUAUGCCUCAUACUGGUGUAUACAGCGAGAACCGUCCUGGUUCUGGGCAUGUAAGCACUGGGAGCUACGACGAAAAGCGACGGAGUGGCUUGUACGAUGA